AUGGUCGAACAGUCAAGCCACAAGACCGCCAACGAUACUCCAUCUGCCGGCAUUCUUCCCGCAUCUCACUGGGCACAUCCCGAUGAUGAACCUAGCGCUGCAGGAAAUGACGACACCUCUUCUCUGUACACCUCAGACUCCUUCUCGAGCACUACUUCGGUGGCAAGCAGUCUGCGCCGGUUUCGCAGUCUCCAUGGCCGAACGUAUCAUUCGGAGAUAGGCAAUGCUGUGUCCUGGACACCAAACGACCAGAAGCAUAUCGAGAUGCUCGAUUUAAUGCACGCCACUUGUUUGACAGCCAUACAUGAGAAGCUGUUUUUAGCACCUCUUGAUACUGAGAAAUUGAAAAGUGUCCUGGAUGUUGGCACAGGCGCAGGCCAUUGGGCCAUCGAUAUGGGUGAUUUAUACCCGAAUGCCGAGGUCAUUGGCACUGAUAUAACGCCCAUGCAGCCGUCUUGGGUUCCUCCCAAUGUGAGCUUCCAGAUCGAUGAUGCAAACCUUGAGUGGACCUUCUCCGAUAAUCGUUUUGACUUCGUUCAUUUGCGUUUCCUUGUUGGAUGUAUAACCGACUGGAAUGCUUUUUAUCGUGAGGCAUUCCGUUGUACCAAGCCGGGAGGUUGGAUAGAACAUUUCGAGGCCUACGUCCACUGGUAUGACGACGCGGAACCGAUUCCUGAGGGGAGCACGCUGGACAUCUAUAACAAGGCCUUCUCGGAAGCCGGAAAAAAGGCCGGGCGUACCUUCGACGUACUUCCGGACGACAUACAAAAGAAAGGAAUGGAAGCAGCUGGCUUCGUCGAUAUUCAGGUAAAGGAUAUCAAGAUCCCCUUCGGCCCUUGGCCCGAGGAUGCGCAUGAGAAGGAACUCGGUCUUCUCGCCAAAGCGUACACAUUAGCAGAUCUCGAGGGAUGGUUGGUCUUCACCUUCACUGAAAUUCUCGGCUGGGAGCCGGAAUAUACGCAGGUCUUCAUUGCCCAUGUCAGGAAAGAAAUUAACAACCCCAAACGAAAGCUCUCGUUCAGAUAUCGUGUGGUUUACGGCAGGAAGCCUGAGACUUCGUAA